AUGCCCUCUGGACAAUCACAGCCCUUCCGCAUCGCUGCGUUCAGCGGUUUCUCUGGCGACAAAUGGACCGCCCUCAAGGAACAGGCCGAGGGCAGCGGCUGUUCUGUCCUGUUUGGGGACUACCUUGCAGAAAUGAACCUCGCCACACGAGCUCUCGAGCUGCGCAAGCGCCCAGACCUUGGGUAUGAACAAAGUUUCCUGCACCACCUACGCAUCGCUGCACCGGCCAUUAAGCAAACCCGUCCCAAGAUUCUGACCAACGCCGGUGCGCUCAACCCGCGUGGGUUGGCGGAGAAAGUGGCCCGCCUCCUCAGGGACGAAGGCAUGUCCGAUCUCAAGGUUGCCUACGUCGAGGGCGACAACAUCAUUGACCGCCUCGACGAGUUGCGGGCUGCCGGUGAGGACCUCCACCAUCUCGAGGACAGCAGCCGUCGUCUUGACAGCUGGCCUCUCAAGCCAGCGAGCGCAAACGCGUACGUUGGCGCCCGAGGCAUCGUCGCUGCACUUCGCGCCGGUGCCGAUAUCGUCAUCUCGGGGCGAUGCACUGAUGCAUCUCCUGUCAUUGGCGCCGCCGCGUGGUGGUAUAACUGGAGCUGGGACAACUACGACGCGCUCGCAGGCGCAUUGUUGGCGGGACACUGCAUCGAGUGCGGAGCGUACGUGACUGGCGGCAACUCGAGCGGCUUCAAGGGAAUCAAGGACUACUACAACUUUUCAAUGGGCAUCGCAGAGAUUGAGGCGAAUGGGACCUUUGUCAUCACGAAGCAGCCCAACCUCAACGGCGUGGUCAACACGGUUACCGUCAGGUCGCAGAUUCUGUACGAGAUCCAGGGCGACGUCUAUCUCAACCCCGAUGUCCAGGCCCUCAUCGACAACAUCAAGGUCACCGGUCUGGACAAGGACAGGGUCCUUGUGAGCGGUGUGCGAGGCAUUGCCCCACCCGACACCACCAAGGCGGCGAUUUGUGGCGUUGCGGGAUACCAGGCCGAGACGAUGGUGUUUGCCACGGGUCUGGAUAUCGACGAAAAGUUUGAGUCACUGCGAGUCCAGAUCCGCAACCACCUCGGCACCAAGGGCCUGGACCAGUUCAGCGUGUUCGACAUGACGCAGUAUGGUACACCAAAGGCAAACCCCCAGAGCGAAGCCGAUGCCACGUCCAUGAUGCGCAUCCUCGCGCAGGCACCCAAGAUUGAGGCCUUCGGCCCCACAAAGAACCUCAUGGCGUUUAUCAACCCAGAGGGGCUCGGCCACUUUCCAGGUUUCCAAUGGCUCAUGGACUCGCGAAUGUGUAUCCCUCAGCCCUACAUCGAGUAUUGGCCAGGCCGUGUCCGGCAGGCUCACUUGCCAUUGACUGUGGGCUUUGUCGGCUCUGACAAGCGCAUCAGCGUCGCUCCGGUCACGCAGACUGUACCUGUCCAGCCACAGCAGGACUAUGAUUCGGCACAGGCAUUCGACCCCAACGCGUACGGUCCGACCACCGUCGGCCCGCUGGGCUGGGUCGUGCACGCUCGCUCCGGCGACAAGGGCGGAAAUGCCAACGUCGGCUUCUUUGUUCGCGACCAGGACGAAUACGACUGGCUAAAGGCCCUGCUGUCCAAGAAAGCCCUCGUUGGGCUCCUUGCCAAGGACUUUGACAACAACCGCCUUGAGCGUGUCGAGUUUCCGGGCAUGUUGGCGGUUCACUUUGUCAUUCACGACUACCUUGGCAAGGGCGUGAGUUCGACUGUGCGUAUUGACUGUCUUGCCAAGAGUGUUGCAGAGUUUCUGCGUGCGCGCCAUGUGGAGAUUCCGAACAAGUUCUUGGGACGUGGCAAGAUAUGA